AGUAGCUCAGUGGAUCCCCACGCCUUUGCUGAAAUCGUACACAAGCGUCGCAUCCACACGUAGUUCCGCAAUAUCUCCAUAAAACUCUAAAUGUGCCCGUAAAAACUGAAAAUGUGUAGUCCAUCGAACGAUCUGUCUUUAGUGCAUUGAAAAGUGGUAAAAAUAUAAUUUUAUUCUGUCAAAAACCCCUCCGGUUGAUCGGCAGACAACCUAACCUGCAAUUGUUUACUACAGAGCACGACUCGUCGAAAUGGCGGUUGGGACAACCAAAGUCGUCCAAGUGACGAACAUCGCACCCCAGGCUACCAAAGACCAGAUGCAAACGCUGUUUGGGUACCUGGGAAAGAUCGAGGAUAUUCGGCUGUAUCCGACCAUCAGGGAUGUUGCUGUGCCAGUUCAGUCGCGAAUUUGCUACAUUAAAUUUCACGAUCAUGGGUCUGUUGCUGUUGCCCAGCACAUGACUAAUACUGUGUUCAUUGAUAGGGCUUUGAUUGUCAUUCCUUAUCAGAAUGGAGAUAUUCCUGAUGAGCAGAGAGCAUUGGAGCUCACUAAUAAUGGCACUGUCGUUCCAGGUUUAUACCCCUCCGAACCGAAACUACCUCCAAACGUGGUAAACUCGAUCGAGGGUAUUCCCCCAAACCACGUCAUAACAACAAUGGAUCCAAAGCUGGAAUCCAACGGUCUGCCUCCGUAUCCAAACCUACCAGGUCAUCUCGAUAGUCGUAGAAUCGAGGAGAUCCGGCGUACUUUGGUGGUGGCGAACCUGGACUCCUCCGUUUCGGUGGACCAACUGCUGGAGUUUUUCGUCUCCAACGGCGUGGAGAUAAAGUACCUUCGUCUGUGCACAAGGGACUCCGACACAGACCACUACGCCCUGAUGGAACUCAACGAGCAGUCGCAGGUGGUGAAUGCCUUGUUGUUGAAUGGAAAAAUCCUAGCAGAUAAGUCGAUCAAACUGUUCCAUUCGACACAGGCAAUAGCGAAGCCCGAGGCGAAGAGCAAUGAAGCAGCUCAGAAGGAGAUCGAGGAAGCGAUGUCGAGGGUGAAAGAGGCCCACAAUCUGAUAUCAGCAACAAUCGACCCAAUGAUCGGUAUGCUAGCCAAGGACAAGAGAAGCCGGAGUGGCUCUCGUGGGAGGAAAACAAGGUCGAGAUCGCGUGGACGAAGCCGAAGGUCGAGGUCACGAAAGAGAUCGAGAUCUAGACAUAGGAGAUCACGCUCGCGACAUCGUCACCGCUCCAGGUCGCACUCCAAGCGAUCUAGAUCGAAGGAGCAUCGACGCAAAUCACUCUCCAGACGCAGGAGCACCUCUAGAGGUAGGCACAGGUCUAGAUCCAGGUCGAGGAGCUCGAGAUCCCGUAGAACUAGGUCGAGAUCCAGGGAUCGGAAGAAGAAGUCACCGAGGAGAAAAUCAAGGUCGAGGUCCAGGAGCAAGAGAUCGAAAUCCAAAUCCAGGAAGAGGUCCAGAUCGAGAUCUAAGACGAGGUCUUCCAAGUCUAAGUACUCGGAGAAGUCGCGGGACAGAGACAGAGAUAAGGAGAGGAGCAAGGACAAAUCCGAGAGCAAUGGGAGGAAGAGCCAUGAGAAGGACAGGGAUAGGGAGAGGGAGAGAGAUAGGGAUAGGGAUAGGGAUAGGGACAGGGAGAGGAGCGAAAGAAAGAGAGAGAGGCGUGAUAAGGAAAAGGACAGAAGGUCUGAGGAAAACCCUGGCACCUCACGUGCUGGAUCUGACUACAGCGAUGGGAAAGAUAAAAAUGACGAUAAUUGAGACACAAUAUUUCGCGAAAAAAAAUGUAGAAACUCCUCAGUUCUCUCUUCAUAUUUAUUCAAAAAUACAGGAUGAAAAAAUGAUGUGAAACUCUCACGCAGUGCAAUUCGCAAUAAUUUGAUUAAAUAGUAGAAUUGAUCCCUCUUUUCCUGGAUGGUUUCGUCGAUUUACUCCUGGUUCUUUCGACGAGGAAGCAGCAAUGGCUUCCUCUCAGUUUCCAUUAAAUUAUUGGAGUGCCUGCAAUUGUAAAAUAAAUUUCUCAAACCAUUUAUCCCUGGUUGAAACUGGAGACUCACCCCGGAUCCAUUACAUUGUUGUAAUAAACGUCGUCAUAGUGAGGUAUCUUCACAGGAACGUAACCCACACGGAGGAGGUCCUUCUGUGCCCUUUUAGCUGUUGAUCGACGUUUCAGCAGUACCUUGUGAAUGGAAUAUCAAAUUAAGAGACUUUUGUGUGUACAAGAAUAUGUGCAGUUGAAAAAACAUUUGUGGUGGAAUAAUUUACCACUCCGUCGUCUUUAUCAGGAAAAUUUUUAGACAUUCUGCCUAGUUCCAUCGAUCCAUCUUUAUUAUUUCUAUCUCUCAUGUAAUCCAACUCAUUUGCUCCUAUAAAACAGUCAAUGAUAUUGUGAAUACUGCGUUGUAUUUCAAUUAUUAUAUAUUUCCCCACCACUUACGAACAACGUAUUCAUCGUACUGAUCCAGAAUGUUUAUCCCUAGAAAAUUUGCAAGAGUGUUGGGACACCUGAGGUCCAUAACUAUCAGAAUUGCUGCGAUUAUCAGGCACAAUAAACCUAGAAAACGCUUAUGGCAUCAA